AUGCUCUGCGCUCCUCGAGAUUUUCUUCAGCUGCAUGCUCUAGCUUGUUGCGCAAUUUACUUGCGAUGUGCGUUUGUUCAGAUUUUGGGAAACCACACAACUCACCUUUCGUGUAAAAAUGGCUUCAAAUAUAAAAUACCAUUGUUUGUUCUAAACUCGGCCAUAAAUCCUCUGGCUUACGCUUAUUAUAUAAACACCAAUGAAGUACCAAACCAUUUCACUUUUUAUAGUUUUUUGGUGUGAAAGGCGCGAUUUAUUAUGAAGCCAUAGCAACGGUGAUAUUUUCACAUGUGAAGAUAACAUGUUAUUUUCACAUGUGAAGAUAUCAAAGUUUCGCGCGAAAGCUCACCUGGUAUUUCAUUAAUGUUUAUAUAAAUUGUUUUAUUAAAUGUAUGCCAUCUAAUGACGUCUGAAGCCAAAAAAGGAAGGGAAUUUCCACACUUUGCUUAUUAAACGUUGAUUUAUUUGUUGACAUCCAACAAAGUUUAAUUCGCUCUAUUUAUUAGUUUUUUGAUUACUACAAUUAAUAUCGGUUGUUACAGAUGAAUCAAGCCAAAAUAAGACAGAGCGACAGAGCGUCUUAUUGCAUUUGAUAUUAGGAGCCUUAAGUCUCCAGAAAAUUGUUUUUAGUUGAGUUGAGCGGAAGUUUCAUUAAAUGUAAGUAAGAACCUAGUUGAAAACGACCUUUCAAUGUUUGGUCUAAACGCUUUUGCUGUCCUGCAAUCAACGUAGCAAUAAUAAAUUGACGAACGAUAUAUGACAUCCUUUUAUUGUAGGCGCUUACCCCAGGCGUUAAUACUUGUUCUUUUUGAAUGCUUAAAUGGUACAGGACCUACUUAUAUUGGAAGCCUUUUUAAAUACAGGCAUACACCGUAUAGGCUAAGAGGCGAGGGCUUGAAUUUGGAAUUACCUAACUUUAAUCUUAAAUUUAAGAAGAAUUCUUUCACUUAUUUAUUAACUAUGUUAUGGAACAGCUCGCCUUCUCAAGUGCGUCUUUCAAAUGAUGCUAAUGACUUCAGCAGUAAAGUGCACGAUUGCAGCUAUUUAGAACGAGUAUUAUAGUUUCCUAGUCACGUUUUAAGUAUGUGGCUUUUUAGUCGGUUUUAGCUUUUUAUAUUUUAUGUUUUAAUUACCAAGUUUUUUAUAUGUAUAUAUUUAUUGAGUUGUUUUUAAAAUUGAAUAAUAUUAUAACAUAGCCGUAAUUAUUAUAGAUUUUAUUUAUAUACGUUCGUAUUUUGAACGAAUUUUUUAGCUCUUUGACGUAACUUGUUAAAAUAAAUGAUUAAUUGAUUGAUUGAUUGAUUGAUUGAUAUAUCAUGUUCGUCAGAUAAGGGGCAAACGUUACCAGAUGUUUAUAAAAUAACCAAACCGGUUUCUUUCAAAGACAUAAACUUGACCGCCCAGCUAACGCUCUGUACCGAAUAUAAAAUGGGAACUUCGUUUUGGAUUCUUGGCUGGAUUCUGUCCAUUCUGACGAUGGCUGGAAAUGGUUUCACCGUACUUCUUGUGGGCAGUCGGCGUCGGCUUCGCACCAAAACCAACGCGUUCAUCUUUUCACUUGCGGUGGCGGAUUUCUGUGUUGGGGCGUUCGUUGUUCCUUCACUGUUCGUCUGUCACAUCAGAGGUGGCUGCGAUUGGCCUCAAACCUAUGCGUCCUGGGUGGAAUUUAUAAGGUGGCUCUUUCAGUACGCCUCUAUAAUGAACCUGUGCAGCCUCGUACUAGAUCGGUAUAUGGCUAUUGUAAAGCCACUGAAAUACGUCUUUGCGCGACGAGUAACCCAACUAACAUUUAUUUCUUGGGUGAUUCCUCUUGGUCUUGCAAUUUGGUCUCUUUUCAUGACUUUAUAUUUGACAUUUUCGAUAUGUUCGAUGUUCUUAGCCGUACAGUUUGCGAUCCUCGAGAUUUUCUUCAUCUGCAUGUUAAGCUUCUGUUUUAUUUCCAUGUUAACAGUUGUAUACAAGCAAACUCGAUCAUCAGCCAUCUUAGCAAAACAGUUACGUUUCAACCACCGAGGUUUGAUAUUCAACGCAUAUGACAAAUCAGCAGUUGUAAUGUUGGCAGUUGUGGUAGGCUUCGCUCUAUCUUGUUACGCAAUUUACUUGCGAUGUACCUUUCUUCACAUUAAAGUUUUAGGAAACCAUACAACUCACCACCUUUCGUGUAAAAGUGACUUUGCGUACAAAAUACCUAUGAUAGUUCUGAACUCUGCAAUAAACCCUUUGGCAUACGCUUUCUUUAAGCGUGAUAUUAAAAGAGCCCUAAAAGGAAAAUAG